CCUCCUCCUCCACCUCCACCUCCCCACAAGCCGCCUCCUACUACUACUACCCAUCUCUCUGCUUCUCGCCAGAAAGAUCUAGAAGUCGAAGCCCUAAUCCUCUUCCGAGUUCCGAAGACAAUGGCCGGUCUCAGGAUGAAGGCGCUCGCGGUCGCCGCCAUCGCCGCGUCCCUCGUCGCGUCAGCGGCAGCCGACCACGCGCCGGCACCGGCGCCCGUCUCCGACGCCGCCCCCGCGGUGCCCCUCGCGGCCGCCUCCCUCGCAGCCGCCGCGUUCGGCUACCUCUUCUGCUAGAUCGAUCCCCUUCGAUCUGCCUCGGGCUGAUCCGUUUCGUCGUCGUCGUGUGCGUGUCUCCGUCGUCGUGUGGUCGUCGCGUGGGGGGGAUUUGUGUAUGUAAUUAAUGAGUCGGCGGUGGUGUGAGGGAGGGAGGGUGUGGUUUCGCGCCAUUUCUCUGUGGCGGCGGCCAUGUACUUACUCUUCUUUUUUUUUUAUUUGUAUGAAUUGAGAUGAUUUAUUUGAUUCUUUUCAGUUUAAAGAACAUGAGUAUCGCGUACUACAUGGUGACACUUGUAUGAUGUUGAUUGUCA